CUUCUCCAUGGGCAAGGAGGGCAAGAGACUGAAGAGAUGCUCCACAUCCACCGAUGUUGAAUCACCAGAUGGUGAGGGCACGAAGCCUUUGCAGAAAGCUGAGGGAGAGCCACAGAAUUCUGAGACGGAUGUAAAUCCGAAGAAACGCAAGAAGAAAUCUAAGAGCAAGCAAACUGUUGAAGACGAUUUGGAACCCAAGAAGACAUCUGAGGAGAAGCAAACUGUUGAAGAUGAUUUGGAACCCAAGAAGAAGCGCAAGAAGACAUCUGAUCAGGAGAAGGUAUGA